AUAAUAUAAAAAGUAAAGUAGGAGCUGUCCGGUCAUUGUAUAAUGAACUCAGUCGAUACAAACAUGUCCUUCUUCGCCCUCCUCAUCCUCGCCGUCCAGGCUUGCUUGAUCCAGAAUGUAUACAGCCAGUGCGCUGGAGCUUCAUGGCCCGCCGCUGCGCUCGGCGCGGGCGCGUGGCCCGCCGCCGCGCUCGGGGCGGGCGCGUGGCCCGCGGCCGGCAUAGCCCCCGCCGCGUGGGAGCUGGGCGCCCCCGGGCUGGCGCUGGCCGCGCCCGCCGUCGCCCUGGGCCCCGCCUACGGGGGCGCCGGCGUGGGGGAGGUGGCGGUCGCGGGUGAGCUGCCGGCCGCGGGCUCCACGCUAGUGGCCGGCCAGGUGCCCGUUCUUGGCGGCGUGGAGUUCGGAGGCGUCGUGCCCGCCGCCGGCACCGUCAGCAUCGGCGGCAGCUGCGCCUGCGGCUGCGGUGGACCACUAGUCAUCUAAAUUAAAUAAAUAAGAGUUAUUAUUA